CAACUUGUGCCACCCCCCCCAAGACUUGUCCAUAAAUAAGGAGAGCCACAUUGGAGUAACUCAUCCUUCACUAAGACGACAGAUAAUCUGUCUUAGAGUGUGCUUCCCAACUACAUUGUCUCUAAUUCCUCUUCCUUCUUAACACAAAAAUGGGUUACUCCAAGACUUUUCUUCUCCUUGGUCUUGUCUUCACUGUUGUGCUUCUCAUCUCUUCUGAUGCUUCUGAAGCCGCUCAAACUCAGGAAAAUGUCCAAACUGAUGCUGUGGAUGAGUCCAAGUAUGGUGACCAUAAGCAUGGGCAUGGACACAAGUAUGGGCAUGGACACAAGCAUGGACAUGGUCACCACGGCCAUGGACAUGGACAUGGUCACGGUCACCCAGGACACGGUGCUGCUGGGGAGACAUAAACCAACCAAAAUUAGGCAAAUCCUUCAUCCUAUGUUGUCUGUCUCAUUAGUGUGUUUAAGUAAUAUGUAGCUUAUCUAAGUUUGUAUGCCAAUAAGGUCGCAAUGCAGGUUGUGUAGCUUAUAAACUCUCAACCACAGUGGCAGAUUGUUCUUUUUUUCUUAUGUAUUCUACUUUUCUAUGUAUUACAAUUUACAAUUAUUGUGCUUGAAGGUGUUCAAUCCCCACUAUUGUGUCA